CCAGGAAACCUCACUCUGCCAGUGACUCUUCCUUCCCGCACCGGGGGCUCGUGCGCCAGGACUUGGUGACAUUGAGCAACAGCGCAGAGCCGGGCUCCUCUGGCCCCAGCUGCUCACUGAUGGGCACAGCAAACGGAUGGGAACUUUCCCCGAAGGAAGCGAAAGGGGGCGUGGUCGGGGACACGGGACAUCACCGCACAGAGCCUCCUGCGUUUCCCACACGGACUCCAGCAGGACAAAAGCCACUUAGGUGACCCCCACCCCGGCUCUCCAGGAUUUCGUGUUUUCUGACUCUGGGCAUUGCUGCAUCAGGAGCCCCAGAAUCACAGCCUCCAGACACAGCCCCAGCCCCUGUCCAGCAUGUCAAUGGAGUAUGAAAAGUUCCAGCACUCCGAGGAGGAUUUCUGCAGUCAUGUCUGCACUCCCGGAGAGGUCCGGCCCAGCUGGGGACCUCAGUGUGAAGACGACUCAGGGCUGCUUCCUCCUCUGCACCACCUGCAGCGGCUCUGCUCCGGCCCCCAGCCCUUCCUGCUGUCCCUGGCCGUCAGCCUCCUCCUGCUGGUUGGCAUCUGCAUGAUCGCAUCCCAGAAUUCCAAAUUUCAGAGGGACCUGGUGACCCUGAGAGCCUCCUUCAGCAACUUCACGUCAAACACCAGGGCCGAGCUCCAGGCCCUGAGCUCCCAGGGUGGCAGUUUGCAAGGAACGGUAACAUCUCUGAAGGCGGAGGUGGAAAGUCACAAGGGGGAGCUGCAAGCGGCCCGCAGCCUGAACGACAAAGUGUUUUCUCUGGAGAGCAAGCUGGAGAAGGAGCAGCAGGAGCUGCAAGCAGGUCAUUCCGAUACCCUCCUUCGAGUCCAGCGGCUGACCAAAGACCUGAAAUCCCUGACCUGCCAGGUGGCCGCUCUCCAUAGCAAUGGCUCUCAAAGCACCUGCUGCCCCAUCAACUGGCUGGAGUUCCAGGGCAGCUGCUACUGGUUCUCGCGCUCCGUGAAGACCUGGCCGGAGGCGGAGAAGCACUGCCGGCUGGAGAACGCGCACCUGGUGGUCAUCACCUCCCGGGAGGAGGAGAUUUUUGUGCAGGGACAUACAGGCUCCUCGCGCGCCUGGAUGGGACUCAGUGAUCCCGAAGGAGUCUGGAAAUGGGUGGAUGGGACGGACUACGAGACCAACUUCAAGAACUGGGAACCAGGCCAGCCGGAUGACUGGCAAGGGCAUGGGCUGGGCGGGGGCGAGGACUGCGCCCAGUUGCUCCCCAACGGUGGCUGGAAUGAUGAUGUGUGCCAGAGGUCCUACCGCUGGGUGUGCAAGGCCCACCUGGGCACCGAUGUCUAGCGCAGCCGCCCGACGCUGCCCGCGGGCCACCUGGCCUCCAGCCUACCGGGAGCCGGAGGGGGCCCUCCCCGAGACCCCUGGCAGGGCCCCAUGGGAGAGGACUGAGCCCUGGGAGGUUGGGACGCUGCCACCAUGUUGAAUGUUUCCCUCCUUGGUGUUAAAAGACCGUCUACACUUCCUCA